GUCACGAAGAGCGCAGGUUCCACGAUGAUCUCCUUCCAUGAGGAAAAGCCCGCCGAAGUCUGGCUCGCCCCACCGCAGAGAUCCUGAAAACCGACGACAUUUCGUCGUGAGUUCUCGGAAAGCGCGGGUCUGGGCUGACUGAGCAUCGAUCGUGCCAUCGGAUCCAUCGAUCGCAUCUAAUCCAGCGCGUCACGGAAACCGACGAACUCGCUUGUACUCGCUAAACAGAAAAAUCGAUUUGCAUCGUUGGAUAGGUUCGAAUUGAAUGAUAUAUUCCGAUAGAGCUUCCAUAAGAAGACAACAACUAUCUACUCGAAUAGUGGAAGAAUGAGGAUCUAACCGAGAGUGAUUAAGACAGUUCAUCCCCUAUCGGUGAGGAACGAUGAGUAGGACUGAUUCGAUCUAGAUUGCAAAUUUAUAGGGAAAGUUAACGAAAAGAGACGUAAAGAAGUUUGAAUAUUGAACCGGAAGCGAAUAUGUUCUCCAUUGAGCUAGGUGUCGGGUAAUCUGCCGCAGUCCUUUGAUCCAGUUACCCGUUGCCCCGUCAACGUCUAUGCGUCGAGUGCAACUGACCCAGCCAGCGUUUGUUGACAACCCGUCGAGCAGCGGCGACGGCCAGCUACUAGUUGCGUGUGGAAUGUGUGUGUGUGUCAAGAAUUAAUGAACGCCGGCACGUGCUCUUAACGAGAUCCAGUGGACUUGGUUCUAGCUAGAGGACAUCGGUACACUGAAUUUUUGAAAGUUUUGGAACUGCUGGACCCUAUUACCUUGAUUGGCAGAUUGCUUUGGUUCCUUUAUUAUACUUUAAAGCACUACGAAUCCCGUGAAAUUGAGAGUUUAUCUUAAUCCAACGUGUCGCAUCGACUUAUUCAGAUCCUCGGAUCGUUCGCGAGUUUCGCACACAACGUUGUUACGCAGAUCAUGAAAACAUCGCUGACUGAACCGUCUUUUAUGAUUGAUUUUUACGACGUGGUCGAUGCGUUUACGGCCACUGGCUGUGCUCUGUCUGGAACGGUUUAACGAUUCCCUGGAAUUCACAUGAUUUAGAAGAUCGCUUGAACAAGUGCGUCAAGAAAGUAUCGCGGGAUGUGUUGAAAAUGAUAAUGAGAGCCAGGUUGAUUGCUAGAAUCUCGGAAAAGCAAUUUGAUUGAAAUUCUUUUGUGCGACCAAACAACGUACAGAUCGCAUUGAUCGGGAACAGAGGAACGAUAGAUUGUGGCUGCUCGCGCGAAAACAUCUGGCAUUCAGGGAAUCCGUGAUUGAUCUUUAAGUGGAUACUGAAGCGGUCGACGGACACUUUCAAUAUGGACGAGUCCGGAAAAAAUGAUACCUAUAAUAACAUCACUGGUUUGAGCAAUAUAACUGAUUUCGUAGCUGAGGUGGAGUUUAGCUGUGAAAUAGACGAGGGUGAAAAAGUACCGCCGCUAAUCGUCGUAAUCCUCAGUAUAUUAUACGGAAGCACAUCCAUUUUGACGAUGGUGGGAAACUCCAUCGUAAUAUGGAUAAUCGCUACGACCAAGCGGAUGCAGGAUGUUACAAAUUUUUACAUCGCGAAUCUAGCACUGGCCGACAUUGUAAUAGGUUUGUUCGUGAGUCCGCUUCAGUAUCAAGCUGCGCUACUACAAAAAUGGAUUUCACCGCAUUUUAUGUGUGCUAUUUGUCCUUUUGUGCAAGUUCUCUGUGUCAAUGCUUCGGUCUUCACGCUGACAGCGAUUGCGAUUGAUCGACAUCGAGCGAUUUUGAAACCACUCAGCGCGAAGCCGAGCAAACUCACUGCCAAAAUUGUCAUCAUGGGAAUUUGGUUAUUUGCCGCGAUUUUAGCAAUACCGGCGGGGAUGGCAUACACAGUGACCAUAGUCCACAAGAAUUUUUAUGGCGAGCAGAACGUACCGAUGUGUGCCAUCAAUAACAUCUCCCACAAAAAGAUAUUCAUCUACUCAACAUUGUUGGUGUUGUUUCAAUUUUUGACACCACUGUCAGUGAUUUCUUUAGUGUAUACAAGAAUGGCACUGAAAUUGUGGAGUAACCGAGCACCCGGAAACGCGGAAAGCAGUCGGGAUGCAAAUUUAAUGAAGAACAAGAUGAGGGUCAUUAAAAUGUUAAUCGUCGUUGUCGCCGUUUUUGCAAUCUGUUGGUUGCCUGUUCAAAUAUAUCACGCUUUAAAAUAUUGCUACGAGAAAAUAAACUGUUACGAGUACAUCAAUUAUAUAUUUCUCGUUUUCAAUUGGCUGGCUAUGUCAAACAGCUGUUACAACCCUUUGAUCUAUGGAAUAUAUAAUGGAAAAUUCAGAAGGGAAUUACGACAACGAUGUCCGUGUAAAUUGCGAAAUCGGGCAACUAGUCCGCCAAUCAAUAAUACCGAAAUGGAUAAAACGCAAAGUAGCCGAACCUCGAUUAGAUACGAAUGGAAGCGAACAAUUUCUGGCGGUUACCCAGCUGUUGCGUCGUUUUAUAAGGGAAUAUCAAUGAGAGGAUCCACUCACUCAUUCAUUGAUGACCCCCAAACUUAUGCGCGCAAUAAGAAACGAUUAGGACAUUAUAUGCAUGGUAGUCAUGAACAUAAUUGCUCGAUUUCAUCGAAUAAAACCGAAGAAUUAUACGUUUUCUCACCCCGGAAAUACGGAGAAGAUCCUGAAAUGGAAGAGUUAGGUUUGUAAUAUCAAGAAUUCCAUAAUCUAUGCGCACAUAGGCCUACCAACCGCAGUCGAUAAAACUGUUGGCAAAAGGGGUAAGUAAGUAAGUAUUUAGAUAGAAGAAUGUCGAGGACUGCCAUGCCCGUUGGCUCCCAUAACAACAGAUUAAUCGUAGAAUUUAUUUACAUUCAAUUUUAAAUUUCGGUCAGAUGUAAAAUAUUGCUUGAUUGCCAUUACUUCUCCACUACGUUCCAGAAUCUACCUUUUUCCUAUCACCUGUACUUGAUAAGAUUAUACAUAUAAAGUACUUUGAACAUGGUCAGCAAAAAGACAAAUUGCAUUAUACUCGAAGUGCAAAAUUUUUGUGAUUUUUGUAUCCACUGCGUAUAGACAAAGUUGAAUUAAUGAAUGGUUACCUCACACAAGACCAACGAACCAUUAAUGACAUAUCACAAUUCCUUUGUACCCUAUUUUAACCAUUGCUCAGACUUGUCUGUGAACCUUAUGUAAGUGUCUACUUAUAUAAUGGUGAUUAUACUUACAAUUUGUUGACGUUUGUCCAUUUAUUAAUGUAUAAAUAUUGUUUUAUAUGCUAAUUUUUCAUUUUUCAGAUAGAUUGUAAUAUAUGUUUUAUUUAAAAAGUUUAUAUAAAUGUUUCCCUUUAUAUUUAGUAAUAAGAUUAAUGAAAUGUGACAGUAAUUUACCGAUAAUAGGAUUUGUGGAUGUAUUGAAAUGCAAGAAAGAUAUGACAAUGAAUAAAAUUGAAAAUUUUAAUUUAAAAAUUAUUGUAAAUAAGUUCUAUUUUCUUUUUUAUAAAUGCAUUUGGUAUGGACACAGUUUAAUAUACAAAAACACUAUGGAAGAUAUGUAAGGCUGUGACAUUUUAAUUAAAAUAUUAUUCUUCUAUUACACAAAUUUUAUAUACCUUAAGUAUUAUGUACAGUCCGCCUCUCAUGCUAGCUCCAUCAGCCAGAGAUUUAAAAGUGCAGGAGAACAAGAGGAUUCUUCCACUUACGACGCUCGGAUCUUGGCGUGCGCCAAUGACCUUGCGUUGAAAGUCGAGUGUUGUGAAUAUAAGAAUCCUCUUGCCCCUGUGCAAUUUUAAACCUAUGACCCAUGCAGCCAACGUAAGAGACGUAUAGAAUUUAAUGUCUCAUAGAGAAGAAAUUUUAUUGUAUAAAAGUAGUUUUAAAUGUCACAUAUUUAAUUCAGAAAUAUCAAAAAGUUAUUUCAGAUAUUAGUAACAUUUUCCUUUUAUUCUAUAUGAAAUUAGAAGUAAUCUUAUAAAAUUAUUUAUGAUCUCGCUUUGGUUGAAAUAGCUAAUACAAUUACAUUAUUAUUUGUGUAAGUAAAACUAAACUUUUAAAUAUUGAUAGCAGU